AUGUCUUCAACAAGCGAAGAGUUUAGGAACGAAUUAAACAGCGGAAAGCCUUUAUUCUCGCUUGAAGUUGAUGAUGUGCUUAUUCAACAUCUUUUCCAGAAAUUUUCAGAGCAAUUAAAGCAACAUUCCGAAGAAAUCGAAACGUUAAAAUCUGAAUUAGCGAACCGUCCAAAAAUGGAAGAUUUCUUAAACCUAAGUCAAGCUGUUGUCUCAUUACAGAAGCAAUGCAAUGAUUCUAGCGAUGUUUUAUCAGAGACAGUUAAAAAAUUUAAAUCUUCAAUGGAUUCUAGACAAAAUUCAAUCAACGAUUUGAUACAAUCUAAGUUAAGUGAAAUGCUUUUUUCAGUCAACGCAGCAAUUCGAAGCGAACUUGAAGCUUUGGACAAAACACCAGUUUCAACGCAAGAAGCAAUCGACGAAGUACAUGAUAUGAAGCUAAAAGUCGCUAAAAUGUCUCAAAAACUUGACGAUGUCAAAGAUACAGUCAUCCAAAUGGCAGCAGCUUACGAUGGAACAAUGAAAGUUGACAGAUUAUCACGAAAAACAGUUCCUGCAUGCGUUCGUGUAGCAGCAACUCGAGAUAGAAAUCAAUUGCAACAAAAUACUGACGAUAUCGAUAAAAUCAAGAAGCAAUUGGAAGAAUUUUCUCAGACGUUUAAUAGAAUUUUACCAUAUGGCGAUAAAGAGUUUCCUCAGUUCGCAAAAGGUGUUACAUAUUCAAGAUCUGAUAUUCCUAAGUUCCCAGAUUAUCCAUAUGUCUAUUCUUUUAAUGAUUUUGCACAAUAUACAGCUUAUGUCAUACCAUUAACAGAAGCCAUACUCAGAGAAAUGCAUUCAUAUGUCAAGCAAGUGGAUGCAACUCUGAGAUCUAAGCUUGAUCAAAGGGAAUACAAUGUUAAUCAAAAUGAGAUCCAAAAGACUCUCAGAGCCCUAAUCGAAGAGUCAGAUGACUACAAGAACCGCAAGGAUAACCUGAUUUCCAAGGAAAACUUCGACGAGCUUUCCGACCAAUUAUAUUCCAUUGUCAAUGGUUCAUCGAAUUCAGCCUGCACCAACACCAGAUGCAUGGCCUGUGGCAAGUUCGUCCAGCGCACCACAGGCUCGCCCCAAAUCUCUCGUGUCGAACAGAAAUUUAAUGAUCGACCGCAGACAUCCCGCAGAACUAAGACCUCUCUCGACGAACAGUUCCAUGACACAAACUUUGAAGUCCGGUCCGCUUAUUCUUCGCGAUCUCCAGCUUCAAGACUUCCAGACGUUAGGCACAAAUAA